UCCAUCAAGAAUAUUGACCAGAAACAGGACAAGCUUUAAAAAUGUGUUAAAAUCUCUGUUGAGUUGUUAGCUUGGAAAAAUAGGCUCGGCUACUGUAGGCAGUACAAUACAGGAAGCUGAUUUAGGAGGCAGCGAAAGUAACAUACAGCAGUAACGUUUACAAAAGAUGUUAUUCAGAUCAUGCUCAACAGAUUCAAUUGCUCCUGAUAUUUUGACACAUGCAACAGUACUGACAAAAUGACCAAAAAUUUGGACCUAGACAAGAUUAUCUAUCAGCUGCUAACAUACCAAGAUGCACCAGGAAAACAGGUCCAGCUGCCCGAGUCUCAGAUCAGACAACUGUGCCAGCUGUCCAGAGAAAUAUUCAUGGAGCAGCCAAACUUGCUAGAGCUAGAAUCCCCAAUCACCAUUGUAGGAGAUAUACAUGGACAGUUCCAGGACUUGAUCUCACACUUUGAAAGAAAUGGUUUUCCUGGAGAGGCCAAUUAUCUAUUCCUUGGAGACUAUGUUGAUAGAGGCAAGAGAUCAUUGGAAACCAUCUGUCUAUGCCUAGCAUACAAGAUCAAAUAUCCGAAAAAUUUCUUUUUGCUGAGAGGAAAUCAUGAAUGUGCCUCAAUCAACAGAAUCUAUGGAUUUUAUGAUGAAUGUAAAAGAAGAUACAAUAUCAAGUUAUGGAAAACAUUUACAGACUGUUUCAAUUGUUUACCAUUAGCUGCUGUUGUAGAAAAUACAAUAUUCUGCAUGCAUGGUGGUUUGUCUCCAGAUAUGGAUAACCUUGAUCAGAUAAGAAACAUUGAGAGACCAUGUGAUGUGCCAGACAUUGGGUUAAUCUGUGAUUUGAUGUGGUCAGACCCAGAUGACGAUAUAACUGGUUGGGGCGAGAAUGACAGAGGUGUUUCUUUCACGUUCGGAGGGGAUGUUGUCGACAAGUUCUUGGAAAAAUUCAACUUCUCCCUUAUAGCUAGAGGUCAUCAGGUAGUAGAGGAUGGAUAUGAGUUCUUCAACAACAGAAAACUGGUGACACUAUUCAGUGCUCCAAACUAUUGUGGAGAAUUUGACAAUGCUGGUGCAAUUAUGAUAGCUUCAGAAGAUCUGAUGUGCUCAUUCAGUAUACUAAAGCCUGGUAAAAGGAAAACUGUAGCUGUCAAAAAGUGAAUAUAUUCAACUAGAUGUUCCUUAGUGUGAAGAUUCACUGGCCAAAGUUGGAAGUCUAACUCAACAUAUAACAUUUCAAAAUCAAAUCUAAUAUUACGAAAAUUAUAAUCACUCAAUCACGUACAUCACCUGCUAGUUGUAAAUCUUGUUCACUCUUAUGUGAAAGUAUUAUAUAAACGCUAGUUUAAAAUCAGUAAACAAGUGUAGCCAAGCUUUUUGUGUCACCUGUAAAAAUCUGGUGACAUACAUAUGUCGGCGGCGGCGGCACACAGGUUUUCAUGCUAUAAUUCAGGUUCCCUUGGGGUGAUCAAACUCAAAACUUCAUGCAGAUCUUCCUUACCAAAAGUGCUCACUUGGGAUUGCUUUUCAGGUCCAAAGGUCAAAGGUCAAGGUCACUGUUAAUUUAAAUAGAUAAUUUGUUUCCUUGUGGUAACUCGAGUUCCUUCAAGCCCAUCAGACUCAAUUUUCAUGCAGUUUUUCCUUACAAGUAAUAGUCCAAAGGUCAAGGUCACUGUUACUUAAAUAGAAUAUGUUUCCAUGCAAUAACUCCAGUUCUCUUGGGCCGAUCAAGCUAAAACUUCUUGAGGUGAUCAUGAACUGAAAGUUCCUGCUCUGUAUUGCUGAAUUUCGAGCAUAUUUGAGUGAUGCUGGUCUUGGCUUACAUUUAACAUUAUUUCUUGAAGUGAAAAAGAUAUCCAAUUCUUUGUAACCACCUAACUUGCUGCGCAAGAGACACAUCCACUUCAGUGGAAUUCUUGUUUUACCUAUAGACAAUUUCACGCUGAUAUCAUAUCAAAUGAGAUAGAUUAGUUACAAAAUUUCAUAGAAGUGUGCUAUUUUUGCCAAAUAUAUAUAUAUGUACAUGUAGUGUAGUGUAAAUUAUUUAAUAAGCAAUAAAAACCUGCAUAAUUUCUUGGUAAAGAUUAUGUUAUGAACUUGACCCUCUUAUGAUUUAUUCAAAUGCAAAAUUCAUCUCUCCAAUGAAAAUGACCUAUAAACAUAAGGUUUACAGUCUAUGUAUAGUUUGAUGGAAGACCAGAAUGUCCGAGUAGAUCUUAUUACAUCAAAUCAUUUUUAGCUCACCUGCCUGGUACAGUGUCUUUCGUCAACAUUUUCCUUUAAAUUAGGGAGAGGCCUGGGUUCAUGAUAAGAGCCAGGAACAUGCAGAGAUGAAGGGCUACACAAUUUGUUGAAAUGAAUACCUUCCCUCAUUGAAAUGAGGAUAGAGGUAUACAGCUAACACCCACAUACAUGACAUUGAUAAACUUUAAAGUUGCAUUAGUUGCGGGUGAGUGAUACAUGUAGCAUUCACUGUAUAAGUACUAUCUGCAAUACUUUUUUGUUAUGAGAAUGCAAGAUUAGAUGUAAUGACCAUUUUAUAAGUUGUAAGCUUUGAUUUCAAUAGUUUCAUUGCCAAAUUAGGAAGAUGUCUAUUUUGUAUUGAAAUUGAAAUCAUGAAUUUGAUACUAUGGUGUGCAAUUGAAAUAUUGUAGAUUGCAUUACACUUUUAAUACAUUCUGUCAAGAUUUUUACCAAACAACACAAAUUAACACAAACCGGUGAGUUACCAAUGUAUUGGUAAAAUAUUCAUCUUUGUUUAGUGAUUAAAAUCUAAUAUACCAGUAAAAGUUAUUCAUGAUCAGUUUACCAACUUUCUUUGGUCAUCUAAUCAAUUGGUAGGUCUAAAUUUGAAAAUUACAGCAUAAAUAUCAUUUUAAGAUAUAACUAGGACUUCAUACAGAUGUACAUGUAGACAUUGAAAAUUAGUUUGGCAAUUUAAGCUCUGACCUACAAAUUCAUGUGGAAGACUGUUUCAUAACCGUGGGUCAGAUGCUUAUAAACAACAAAUAUUUAGUUUUCUUCAAAUUUCAUAUUGACCAUGUUUGAACUAAUGUUUACCACUUUGAGGAGUAUAAAUAACUUUAAUGGAUGUAAAUAGUUAAUAAUCAGUAUUUGUUUUUACUUAUUUUCCCUAUCUGUGUAUCUAUCAUUUUAGUUCAUCUGUCUGUAGGGCAAGUGUAAACUGUAAACCAACUUUCUAUUGUGGCCUCUAACUUUCAUGAUUUUCACAUUACAAGUUAGCAGCAAUUAACUUUCGUGAAACGGGCUUGCCCUUCUAAUUUUCACAAAAGUUUCUGAAAUGUACUAAACCAGCUGUCUGUCUACCUAUGCAGGUAAACAUCAUCCCCUUUAGAAACAUAGAUCAGACUGUGUCAGUUACGAGCAGUAUGUUUUGAUUUGUCAUUAGAUAAACAUAUUGGGCUUACAAAUGGCUUAAGAAAAAAAAAUAAUUGUACCAAUAAUGAAACUAAUUCAAAUUAAUUCUAAGGAAUUUGGUGCUUGUUAUAUCUGUGAUAUUUGUUUUGGUUUUAAUUGAUGUAUAAGCAUGUGCUAGUAUAGCCAGUACAGUACAUCUUUUAUUAACUUUUUGCAAAUUUUUUUCAAUUGCUAAAUUCACUUAGGUAAAUUGCGUGUGAAAGUUGGUUUAGAGUAGUUGACACUAUUUUGUGGCAUCCAUUGUCAACUUUUUAGGGCAUCAAGAACACUUUGAUAUCUGUGUGUCUGCAAACAAUCUGAACAUAUUUGACUUUUCAAAAACUGCUAAAUCAAUUGUGAAUUAGUGCCAUCUGAGGGUGGGAUCAACGGGGUCAAAUUGACCUAUAUUUCAACACUGUUCUCUUUCAGAUCCAGAUGCUGGAACAAAUACUAUAAUCUUCUUGGAUGGAAGGGUCUUAAAUUUAUCAAUUUUAUUACCGCAGACUUUACAUUCCUGCUUGGAUACCUUAUACGAUAAAUAAAAUCGAUGGAAAAUUCAAGUCUCCUUCACACGCAUAUAAUUAAUCUGUUUAUUGCUUUGGUAGUUUUCAGCUAACAUAAAAUAUUGUGUUUGUCAUGUUGUUGACAAAUUCACAGUUAAUGUAUUUGCUUUUAUUGCAUGUACAUAGGACCUUGCUUUGUCUAAUUUCCAUAUCUGGUCACAGCAACAACAAAAAUUAGUAUAUCAGAGCUCAGUUGAUCAUUAAUGUAGAUUAGCCUUGUGCUGGGAGAUAUAUACAAAAGGGGAGGGUGACCCCAACUCAGUGACAGAGGGGCUCGCUCAAUCUGUAGAUCUUGUCUACUAUAACUGAUCAAGGCAUUUCACUGAAAUUUUGUUUUUAACAAAUUCAUUGGUUCCAUGGGGCUGUAUCGGUCAAAUGUUUAAUAGCAAGUCUAGCUGAUAUAGGAUAAAGCUUUGCACAUGCUGCAGAGGUGCAUUUAAUUUCAUGAUAAACAAUCUGAGUAAAUACGAAAAUAGCAUAAUUAUUUUACAUAUCAAUGAUGUGGAUAAUAUGAGUACAUGUACUUGCAUUGAAUUGCCCUAUCAAAUUAAGAAAUAUGUUUCAUCUGUUUCCUAAUGCCUAUGCAAUGAUCACUAAAUAUAUUUUAUUAAGUUAAUAACACAGACAGCUUGACAAAUUCAAUGUUUUUUUCUGAUUUAUUACUCAUUUUGUCCAUUACGAGCUUAUCAGUGCAGGUAAGAAUACAAAUCCAUGUAUACCAGGUAAUUAAGUGUUAAUUUACACUUGUGGCAUAAGGGCAAUCAACAUCCUAUUAAGUCAAUCACUAUCAAAUAUGUUCCUUGUAAUAAUUUAAGAAGCAUGGCAACAAUUACAUGUACUCAAAAAUCUUAUACUCCUCAAAAUAUUUGCUCACAUUACCAAAUACGGCUAGUUUUUACUGCUCUUUGUUUUGAUACUCAUUAUUGGAGAUCAAUGUUUUUUCUUUUUUCUUUCCAAAUUAGAAUAGUUUUAAACAUUGAGUAAUCCGUCCAUUUGUCAGUGAAUACUCUGUGAUCUGUAAUAUUUUUGUUUUCAUGUAAAAAUAGUUGUAGAACUAAGUUUUUAAUAUGAUAUUGCUGAAGCCUUCUGCGAACAGCAAAGAAAAUCUGAAGCCAAAAGAAGACUGGUGUUUCAAAAGUAAUACAAAGUCGUGAAUAUAUCUUUAUAUCAAAUAACCAAUUUUACCAAGAAAUAGAUAUUGUAUAUUUUUGUAAUCAUAAGUGUUAUACCCAGAACUUGGUAAAGUUAAAAAAGAUUU